AUGAAUACUUUUUCACAUGUUCCUCCUGGUUUUCGAUUCCAUCCAACCGAUGAAGAGCUCGUAGAUUAUUACCUUAGGAGGAAGAUUAAUUCAAGACCUAUCGACUUAGACGUAAUUAAAGAUGUCGAUCUUUACAAAAUCGAGCCUUGGGAUCUUCAAGAGCUAUGCAGAAUAGGAACGGAAGAGCAAAACGAGUGGUAUUUUUUCAGCCACAAGGACAAGAAAUAUCCAACGGGGACACGCACCAAUAGGGCGACGACAGCUGGAUUCUGGAAAGCAACGGGUCGAGACAAAGCUAUUUACUCCAAGAACGACUUAAUUGGCAUGAGAAAAACAUUGGUGUUUUACAAAGGGAGAGCUCCAAACGGCCAAAAAUCGGAUUGGAUAAUGCACGAAUAUCGCCUCGAGACGGACGAAAACGGAGCCCCUCAGGAAGAAGGAUGGGUUGUGUGUAGAGUAUUCAAGAAAAGGAUAGCCACAAUGCGAAGAAUAAACGAGCACGAUUCUCCCAUUUGGUACGAAGAUCAAGUUUCGUUCAUGCCGGAUCAUCGUAUAGACUCUCCGAAUCUUUCUUACCACCACCACCAUAAUAAUAUUCCUUACAACAACAACAACAAUUCCUGCAAGAAGAAGGAGAUGGAUUUGCACUUAUACGGCAUCAACAACAACGGAAUGCCGCCACCUCAUCAUUUUCUUGAUCACCACCAUCUUCCGCAUUUAGAUGAAAGCCCGAAAAUGCCCUUUUACGGCGGUCUAAAUAAUCUUAACCCUGGUGAUCAGGAACAAAUGGUGAUGCAUCAAACACUACUUGAUCAUAAUCAUCGGAAUAUUGAUCAGUCGAUAAUAUUGUCGGAGGAUCAGGUUACAGAUUGGAGGGUGUUGGACAAGUUUGUUGCUUCUCAGCUAAGCCAUGAAGAAAUUUCAAAGGGAAUUAAUACAUUCCAUGCAAGUGAUGAAGAAUUGUCUAAUGUGAUUGGUCGAAAUCGGAACAAAGGCGAAAUCGCACUGGCAAAUACUUCGGCUUCGUCUUCUAGCUGUCAGAAUGAGAUGUGGAAGUGAAUGCAAGACUGUAUAUAAAUAUAUAUACAGUUUCUUGUAAAUAAUAAGAAUAUAUAUAUAUAACCUAACUAUUGAUCUUGAAACACUGCUCCGGAUAUAUAGGUGUUUAAGUUAUUUAUAAGAGUACAAAAAAAAAAAAAAAAAAAACUAGUAUAGGCCUGAUGUUUUUCUUGUAAGAUAAACGUGAUCGAUCGAUUUAGUUUGAAGCUGGAUUUGCAUGCAGCUUAUUAUAUAUAUAUGUAUAUUAAUUAUCAUGAUCUGAGGAUUAACCACAGUGCUGUUUAUGAUGUUAUAACCUGUGGUUAAUACUUAAUACCAGAUCUUUGUAAUGCUGUCAUGUGUAUGUAUCAAUAUUGAGCUACUACAGUUAAUUAAUUAAUAUUUGU